UUUUAAUCUUCAAGUCACAUCAGCGCGCGCGCACGCGAUACACGCGAGUAAGUUCGAUCGCGGUGCGACCGGUGAUUUGUCAAGAUUUGCGGAAAAGCGAGUGUGUUUGUCGCGUUUACACUCAGAAUAGUUGUGCAUCGCACUCGCGGCCCGACGUGGAGUGGCACGGCACGACGCGGCGCGGCGCGGAGUGGCGCGGCGCGGCGCGAGUCAAAGGGAAAGCGAGUUUCGUAGUGGCGUGGCGCGGUGAGGCGCGGGGCGGCCAUUUUAUGUAUUAGUAUGACGUAGAGGCUGGGUGUAGCUUAGCGUUCUUAUUGUCGGUUUUGCGCGAAGAAAAAACUAACGGAUCGGUGUCUGGUAAGUGUCCGAAUGUUUGAUGAUCGCGAACGCUCAGCUGCGAGUGACGUCAAGUUGCCACUGUCGCAGCGAUCGCUUUCCCGUGGAUAGUCAUCGUCGUGGUGCCGUUUAGUUGUGUGACGCGUGUAACGCGUGGAGGCCGUCGAGGGUAAGAGCGAAAUAUAGUUUCAGCGAGAGGGGAAAGUGUACGAACGUACGAGCGAGCGAACGAACGAACGAACGAACGAACGAGCGAACGAACGAACAAACGAUCGAACGAUCGAGCGAGCGAAAAGUGAAAGUGCGUCCGUAGCAGCGCCAAGCAGCGCUGAGCGCGUGCGAACAUGAGCGAGGAAAGUAAUCCACGUACGCUGUACGUGGGCAACCUGGACACCUCGGUAUCUGAGGACCUUUUGUGUGCGCUCUUUUCGCAAAUCGGCGCCGUGAAGGGAUGCAAGAUAAUCCGCGAGCCCGGCAACGAUCCGUAUGCCUUCGUCGAAUUUACGAACCAUCAGUGCGCGGCCACGGCGCUGGCCGCCAUGAACAAGCGCUCGUUCCUCGACAAGGAGAUGAAGGUUAACUGGGCGACCAGUCCAGGCAAUCAGCCGAAACUCGACACCAGCAACCACCAUCACAUUUUCGUCGGUGAUCUCUCUCCGGAGAUCGAGACGCAGACGCUCAAGGAGGCGUUUGCGCCUUUUGGCGAGAUCAGUAACUGCAGGAUCGUUCGCGAUCCGCAGACGCUCAAGAGCAAGGGCUACGCGUUCGUGUCGUUUGUUAAAAAAUCUGAGGCCGAAGCGGCGAUCAACGCGAUGAACGGUCAGUGGCUGGGUUCACGCAGCAUUAGGACCAACUGGUCCACUAGGAAACCGCCGCCACCGAGGUCCGAGAGGCCACGGCAUUCCAAUAAUAGUAAACCCAACUACGAAGAGGUGUAUAACCAAAGUAGUCCGACUAAUUGUACCGUAUAUUGUGGAGGUUUUACGAACGGUAUCACGGAUGAGCUGAUAAAGAAAACCUUUUCUCCUUUUGGUACCAUUCAAGACAUAAGAGUAUUCAAAGACAAGGGAUAUGCCUUUAUCAAGUUUACAACUAAGGAAGCUGCGACACAUGCCAUUGAAUCGACGCAUAAUACAGAGAUCAAUGGCAGCAUCGUUAAAUGUUUUUGGGGUAAAGAAAACGGUGAUCCAAACAGUGUGGGUCCUAAUGCGAAUCAUCAAGCUCAACAGGUGACAGCAGGAGCGGGACAAUACGCAUAUGGUUAUGGCCAACAGAUGAGCUAUUGGUAUCCACAGGGCUAUCCGCAGAUGCAGGGACAGUUUUUGCAACCUGCACAAUACUAUGGUCAAUAUUAUGGGCAACAGGCUCAGUAUAUGAACAGCAUGAGGAUGCCCACUCCAGGUGCAGGAGCCUGGCAACCGACGCAAGCCACCGCAGCACCGCCGACAGCGAGUGCACCCUUGCCUCCGGGUCAACAGCCCACUAUGGUAACAUAUACCAUGCCACAUCAGUACCCUACGCAAUGAAACUGAUCAUUCACCGGCUAAUUGUUACGUACUACGAUAUAGUUGUCUCGGGGUUAUCGCGAAAAUCGUUUCCGACAUAUACCUAUUUCAACAUUUACAUUCGAGUUUUCGACGAUAUAACUAAUCGUUUCCACGAUUAAUGCAAUUUCAUUUAAAUCGAAUUUUUUAAAUAGAAAAAAAGAAAAAAAAGAAUAUGGUAUGCUGGCGGUUUUUUCUCUCUCCUUUCUGUGUUUCUGCACACAGUUGAUUUGUUCGAACGGCUAAAGACGUUAUUAUAAUUUUCUUUUCUGUCAUGGAAUAUAUAUUGAGACGCCAAGUCUCACGUAAUGAUGCUUUUACGAUGGCACCAUAGUACCACUGAACGUCGUAGUGCUAGAAUUUGGUCGAAUUUCAUCACGAUUUUGGCUUCGAAUAUACAUACAUACAUACAUACAUACAUACAUACAUACAUACAUACAUACAUACAUACCUACCUACAUACAUACAUACAUAUAUACAUACAUACAUAUGCGCGACGUUGAACCAGGUAUAUCUCCAAACUUUUCCUCGCGGCCUCUCCCCGACACUCAACCGAGCCCCGCAUCCGUUGUGCUGCGCAAGUGACGUACGUAUGCGGCAAUUUUGCGUUGUUGAUACCUUUUUAAUAUUUUUGCCACUGAUAUCUCCAACUCUCACUUUUCCCUCUUCAAUUUCGGAUUGUCGAUGAACAGCGCGCGCGACAAAAUGUUCAUUUGAGAUAAAUAAGGAGAGUAUUGCUAAUAUUGGACAUAGUUAGUAAGGUAGAAGAGCGAAUAGCUAGACACGUCGCCUGUGAUGUAGCUAGACUUUUGGACGCGUGUAUGCUAAGGUGUGCGGGGCUCCCUAACAAAUAAAUUCUGCGAGAGUUGAGUAACGAGUUACAACUUUGUCUCGUUGUGUGAUAUUUAUCGUCGGUGGUUAAUGUAUAAAAUUUUGCUAUAAUUCUCUUCAAAGAAGAAUAAUAGAAGGGAGAAAGAGAAAAAGUAUGCGUGUGCAUCCGCA